AUGAUUGCGACUAUGACCUUGGACGAAGAAUGGAUUGAUUGCGAUGGUGAUAAAUCGAACGGUUGCAACAUCGAUCAAUGGAGCGAUUGCAACGGCGAUGAAACCGACGAUUAUUCUAAUAAGGAUGAAUAUCAAGCAAAUGUUCACAUGCUGUAUCAAUCUGAGUCUAACAAGUAUUGCUCAAUCAAUACUAAUGAAUCUUAUCUAUGGAAUCAUGAUAAUUAUCAGCAUAAUGAGCUAAAACAUAUUCAAAGCGCACCAUGUGCAACCAAGGUGAUUGUGACUGAAAAAACUUCCACUGACGAAGAAAGUAAAAUUUCUUCAUCCACGCGCGAAUGUGAUGUUUGUUUCGUCGGAAAACCUAAACAAGAAUUUUAUCCUAUAUACAGUGAAACAUGUGAACAUAGUCGUCGUUAUAUUUGUAAUUCAUGUACAUACGACAGUGUCAAAGUUAUUCUCAAUAGUGCUAUGAGUAGCCAGAUGCCAUGUCCUGAAAUAGACUGUUCGACAAAGUGGGAUUCACAUGAGAUUCGUCGAGUACUCUUGGUUGCUAAUGAUAAUUUAUUGUUAAAAAAAUAUGAUGCUUAUCAAAUCAGACAAUACCUCGAAAAUGAUGAUAAGUUUUUUUGGUGUGCUCAUGAAUGUGGUUCUGGUCAAUAUCAUUAUAGAAGAUCAACUCGAAAUCCGAAAAUAACUUGUAUCUUAUGUAAAAAAGAUACAUGUGCCUUUCAUCGUAUUAAGUGGCAUGAAGGCAUGACAUGUAAUCAAUAUGAUCGAUUCUACCCAUCUAGAGAUGCAGGUACACGCAAAUGGAUUAAAAGAUAUUCAAAAAAAUGUCCCGGAUGUCAAUCCAACAUUGAAAAGAACGGUGGUUGUGAUCAUAUAACUUGUCCAAAAUGUCGAUAUCAAUUCUGUUGGGAUUGUUUGGUCGACUAUGCUCCAUUUACAAAUCGUUCGCAUGUUCGACAUAAAAUCAGUUGUAAACAUCAUAUAAUCGGAAAACUUGUGUCACCUGUUCGUUUUUUGAGUUUACGAAGGUCUCAAUAA